AUGCAUCCCUGGCUACUCCUUGCCCUCGCGCUUCCAUCAUUAGCAGCACUCGACAAGACCCAUGGCGUUCCUCCCUCUCUCGUGUCGAAAUACGUACCCAGCACGAAGGGUUCGCGCCAGACAUGGACGUGUUUAGAUGGUUCAAAGGAAAUUGCCUGGAGUGCGGUGAAUGAUGAUUAUUGUGAUUGUCAGGAUGGUAGUGAUGAGCCAGGCUCGAGUGCGUGUCCCAAUAACAAGUUCUACUGCCGCAAUGAGGGCCAUAUUGGGGCAACUAUACAAAGCUCUCAUGUGAAUGAUGGCCUUUGCGAGCAGGAAUGCUGUGAUGGAUCAGAUGAACUCCCAGGCGUGUGUCCGAACACUUGCCAGGAAGUCGGAGCAGAACACAAAAAGAAAAUGGAAGCAGAGCGGAAGCUGCGAAAGACUGGAUCCAAGAUACGAUCUUCAUACAUUGCGUACGCGCAUAAGGAGAAAAAGCGCUUGGAGACACUCAUUGCUGAUCUUGUCAAAGAGAUUGAAACGAGAGAGAAAGAGGUGGAGAGAUUACGAGGUAUUAAGUUAGUUCAAGAGUCGAGAGCUUUUGUGGUAACACAGCCUUUUUCAGACAUUGCAGAACGCGCAGAAUCCCUCUCGGCUGAUGAGUUGGAGCAUAAGAAACAGUCCCCCCUCUACCAGUCACUCCUCGUACAUAAUACCGCACUCAAGUCCCUUCAGAAAGAACACAAGAAGCACCUGGAACGCGAGAAAGCUCUUGGUGACAUCUUGACCUCACUCCGCACGGGCUAUAACCCUAACUAUCAAGAUAUGGCCGUCCUCGAGGCUGUGCGCGGCUGGGAGGCACUAGCAGGAUUACCUCACAUAAACGAUGUACGCAAGGGUGACGAUGGGGAAGCUGACGCUACCACAGAAAAACAGAAAACAGAGGACGAUGUUGAAGAUGAAGGUCUCUGGAAUGCAGCAAAGAUCGAGAAGGAGUUGGAUCAGUUAAUAAAAACCGAUCAUGUGACGCUGCUGCUAGAACAUGACCAGCUUGUCGGGCCUGCUUCGGCCCAGUCCCUCUUGCUUGAGAUCUCGGCCUACCUUCCAGACGCUCUGCUCCCAUCCUAUUAUAGUUUCCGCGACUCGGUCCUCUCGGCUCUAUCAGUUUUCGGGAUCGGGCGCGGAGGCACAUCCGACGCGUCUGCUGAAUCAAAUCGUGCACGUGUAGCCCUUUCAGACGCGGAACACAGCCUCAAGCUGACACAGGACGAGCAACGAACUGCAAAUGAAGACCUCAUGGAUCUCUUUGAUCCUGAUGGCUUUGGCCCAGAAGGCGAGUGGAAAAAACUUGACGGCACGUGCCUAUCAAAGGAUACUGGAGAUUACACUUACGAGGUUUGCCUCUUUAACGAGGCGAGGCAAAUUCCCAAAAGCGGUGGUUCCGGCUUCAGUCUCGGGAAAUUCUCGUCCUGGAACAAGACUGCUCGACCUGGUGAGCCAGAAUAUUAUACCCGACAGCACUAUACCCAGGGGGCCAAAUGCUGGAACGGCCCCCAUCGCAGUGUUGAGCUCGUCCUCACAUGUGGCACUGAAAAUACAUUACUGACGGUAGCAGAAAUGGAAAAGUGCGAGUACCAAAUUACAGGCACGACCCCGGCACUAUGUCGCCCACUGGAGGACGAACACACCAAAGACGAACUAUAG